AUUCCAAAUUUAGUAUCUUUAGCUUUGGUUCGUUCCUAUUAAGGAGAAGAUGAAGCUACUUAUUGGCUUUAUCCUACUCUGCGUAUUCCAAGCAGCAUGGACCAAGUCAAUAGUUAAACGAGAUUGUAAUAAUUAUUCAUGUGGCAGCUCUUGUUCUACACCAUGCAAUAACAACAAUAAUUGUAAUAAUAGUCCCUGCUACAACAACAAUUGUAAUAGUGGAAAUUGUAACAACAAUUGUAACAAUCGGCCUUGCAACAACAACAAUUGUAACAGUAGCCCUUGCAACAGCAACAAUUGUAACAGUAGCCCAUGCAACAACAAUAAUUGCAACAGUAGCCCUUGCAACGAAAGACAACAAAAUGUUCCUGAAUCAAGAGAAGAAGUGAGGCCUAUUCUGGUACCAUUUCCGCAGCCUCAGCAAAGUUCCUCGGGUGGUGAAAACAUUGUCAAUAACACCAACAUAAAUAAUAGUACCAUGGAGCUGACUUUCACAAAUACCAUAAACACAGUCAACAACAUUUCUAUGCCUAUAUCUCUUAAUCCAUCCAAUGAAAAUUCGAUAACAGUACAUUUCAAUAAAGAAGAGUCAUCAGUAGUUCAGGAAGACAAUUGUUGUUUUAUAAGUGAACGGAAAUGUUAUGCAAAUGAUACUUGUCAAAUGGUUCGACGAAAAGAGUGUUCUGAUAUUUGUUGGGGAAUAUUUCCAGUUGAUUCAGAACCAAAACCGAGCCCAGCAUCGACUACAGAAAACCCAACUGUAAUUAUAUAUCCACAAUCAACGCCCCAACCAAGACCGGCACCCACCACACAAAGACCAAAUAUAAUUAUAUAUCCACAACCAACGCCACAACCAAUACCGCAACCAUCGACUCCAAGAGUUAUAAUUAUACCACAACAACCCUGCUCUGCAAAUCCACAAAGGCCUAUAUAUAUACCUAAUUGGCCUCAAUACAGAAAUAUUUAUAAAUACUAUCAAUUUAUACAACAACCAUGCACACGAAUGCAACCGCAACCGCAAGUUCCAAUUGCGCCUAUACCUCUACCAGUACCUACUGUUCCAAGACCCUCGUGUUCCACUCCAGGUUAUACGUUGAUUUACAGGCUACGUCCCCAGCCAAGUCCUUGUAAUCCGACCAUUCCAUUUGUAUAUACUUCUGGAUGUACUCCUCACGUACCUCAGAGCCCUUGUUCAGAAAUAUCUCGUAUUCAGCAACUAAAUAAUCAACCGUUAAUACUUCAACAAGCAUUGAAACAAUUAGGUUCUCAAAAUAAUCAGUUUGCAUUAGGCCAACCAGAUAUAAUACCCUUUCAAAAUAAUUUAAAUUUACAACAGUUUACUCAGCCUCUUAAAGAGACUCCGCAAAAUUCACAACAGUUUGUUCAGUCCGAAGUAGUACCUCUAAACAAUGCCCCGCUAAAUUUACAACAGUUUUCUCAAUCAGACAUAAUCCCUCUUCAGAAUAAUCAGCUAAAUUUGCAACAGUAUCCUCAACCAGAAAUAUACCCCGUUAAGAAUGCUCCGCUAAAUUUGCAACAGUUUUCCCAAUCAGACAUAGUCCCUCUUCAAAAUAAUCAGCUAAAUUUGCAACAGUAUCCUCAACCAGAAAUAUACCCAGUUAAGAAUGCUCCACUAAAUUUGCAACAGUUUUCACAGCCUGACAUAAUUUCUGGUCAAAAUAAUCAAUUCGGACUUCAACAGCUCGGCCAACCUGAAAUACUUCCUGUUCAAAACAGCCAGCUUGCUUUCCAACCACAAAUAGAGCAGCCUAGAGUAUUCCCCGUGGGAAAUAAUCAAGUUGUACAAGGAAGCAAUCUAUUACCUUACAAUCUAAUUAAAAAAUAGUCUUUUACCAAUAACGUAAUAACAGCGUAACUGCACUAUCGCUCUGCUUUCUGUUUACAUCGACGCUCAGAUGUCGUUUCAAUGUUUUUUCCUCAAUAGAUCGGGGAGAAAUCUCGUUUUGUUUCAUAGCUUAUUUAUUUUUUUUAAUUUACAUUUUGGUUAAAAUAAAAGAUGAUGUUUAAAAAAUUAAAAGCAAAUUUGAGUUUUAAUAAUAAUUUAAUAAUUUAAUAAAUAUGAUACAUUUUAUGAUUUAGUCCAACAAUAAAACAAUUUGAAUGAUUUGGACAUGUCAUAAUAAUGGAUAAGUGACUAAAGAAAGUGGUAAAAUCUAAAAUAAUGCACAAAAGAAUAGACAUGUUAAAGAAAAGCGGGGAAAAUAAAAGGGAAUAACUGGCCACAAAAAAGUAAAACAUAAAUACACAAAAGGUAAAACAGAAAUAAAAUAUUUGGCGAAGGAUCAUAUGCUUUGGAAAAAUGAAUUCGAAGCUAAAAUAUAUAAAGAAUAUGUGAAUAAAAAGAAGAAGAUUCCGUAAAAAGUCAUUUAGGAGACUUUCUUUACAUAUGUGCAUUUGAUAUCUUUACUUAAACGACGUAUCCAGUAUCCUAUUCUCUGAGAUUUGUACUGUCACAUAGUUAUAUUCCAUACAAGCUGUUAUUUCUUGUUAAUUUUUUCUAAUAGCAAUUGUUGUUACUUUCCAAUUAUCCCUCUUUUCUACAUGUUCAUUUUAAAAUUUAUGUUAAUGUUUGUCUGUUAUAGUUCUUCUCUUCUUCUAAAUGUGUCUAUCUUCUAGAGAUGUUGACGACCACAUUGAUCGAUCUUAUUCUAUUCACAGCAGAUCGAAAUAAAUCAGUUGAUGUUAGACCAGUCCACUUUCUAAGAUUAGCCAGCCAGGAUAUACGCCUACGUCCAAGGCCUCUCUUACCCUCAAUCUUGCCUUGUAGAAUCAACUGUAAAAGUUGGUAUUUAUUAUUACUCCAUUUAUUUAUUUAUUAUUACUCAUGAUGUGGCCGAAGUAAGCCAAUUUGCUGUCCUUUACAAUGUUAAUAAUUUCUUUGUCUUUUCUUAGCCUCUGGAGAAUAGUUAUAUUAAUAGUUAUAUUGUGUGGUGUAUUAUAUGAGACUCUCAACAUACGUCGGUACAGCACCAUAUUUCAAAUGUCUCUAAUCGUUUUAUGUCAUCUUCUGUAAGGCUCUAGCUUCCUACUUCGUAGAGAAGAACGCUAAAGACGUAACAUCUAAGCAUUCUAAUGCCUAUACUUGCGUGAUACUAAUGAGUGAUACUUAAAGAUAAGUUAAAGAAAAUCUUCCUAAGGCUGUUGAAAGAGCUUCUGGCUUUUUCAAUACGAGAUUUUAUUUCGUAGCUAGUAUCCCAAGCAUCCUUAAUAUUGCAGCCCAAAUAGCAUAUUUUUUCCACUAUUUCUAACGGUGUAUCGCCUAUUGUAAUUUGGGCGCUUAUGUUGGUGUUCUUACUAAUGAUUAUUAUUUUUGUCUUUUUGCAACUUAGUUUUAGGACGUAUUUAUUACAUGUUUCUACAACGUUAUCCAUCAUCCAUUGGUCAUCGUGUAUCCCAACACUUUAUCGUCUGAAUAUCUAAUAUUGUUUAUAAAUUGGCCAUUUACAUCUUCUGAUUCGUUUAAGGCCUCUCUAAAGAUGCUUUCAGAGCAUAUGUUAAUAUUACCGGUGACAAUAUACAACUCUGUCUAACUCCUUUUUCGACUGUGAAGAUCUCAGACAGUUUAUUUUCUAAUCUCACUGUUGCUGUUUGUUGGAGAUAUAACUUUGAGAUCAGUCUUAUACCCUUACGAUCGAGUCCUGAUGUUUUUAGGAUAUCGAUUAGUUUUCCAUGUGGUACUUUAUCAAAUGCCUUCUCUAAAUCAAUGAAAUAUGCAUACACAUCGCAGUUGACAUCCUUGGCUCUCUGUAUUAGAACUCGCAAACUAAAAAGUACUUUCCUCAUUCCUAGUCCUUCUCUGAAUCCAAAUUGAACUUCACUCAGAUGUUCUUAUUUGGUGUAUACGCGCGAGUGGAUGAUAGUAAGGAUUACUUUAAGUACAUGGCUCAUCAAACUAAUUAAUCUAUGUUCUUCACAUAUUCUAGCGUUGGCUUUUUUAGGAAGUAGAAGUGAAUAUUGAUAGUCUUUCAGUAUAUAAAUAGUUUCGUAGAUGUUGUUGAAUAGCUUUGUAAGAGCUAUGAUUUGAUGUGCCUCUAAUAGCUUUAAAAUAUCACCAUGCACCAGGUCCUGGUGAUUUCUAAUCUUGAAUCUGCUCAAUGGCCAUAUUUACUUCUUCGUUUGUUAUUUCUGGACCAUAGGGAUUGUUUAUUUCAGUCGGACUUCGUGUUGCAUCUUCAAAUAAUUCUUGCACAUAUUCUUUCCGUGAUUUUCCUGCCAAAAUUUUACCAGGGCUACACUGAUAUAUGCUUUUCUGACCUCGACUUACAAGCGCUAUAUGUUUCGUUAGUUAGUUAGUAUCGUGCAUUUUCUCUCUGCAUUAUUUGAGUGAGAAAAAAAAUGUGGUUUAUUCUUGAUCUAACUGCUCCAAAAUAUGCUUGUAAUUUUGCUUUCUCACACACACAACACUUUUUGUAGAAGCCCAGCUCCGAGUGACAUAUGUUUUGCCUAUCUGAUCCCUAAGCUGUAACCAACCACCUCUCCCCAUAGCAGCAUAUAACGAAUGAGGAGGCUUUGUACUGAAAGCAUUGAUUAUAAACCACUGGUCUCUCUCUUUUCAAUCCUGACCCUCCAGGGGGAGUGUAGUGGUCGACGUGAUGUCGUGUAUUGUCCGUCUCCAGAGAUCUCUGUCUCUGGUCAUUUCUUUUAAUUCAUGCAUAGGUCUUUGGCAUAUUCCUGUAAUUUGAUCUAUCCAUCUUGUUGGGGAUCUUCCUCGUGAUCUUCGGCCUUCUACCUUUCCUUGUAUUAUGAGUUUUUCCAUGUUUUCUGUGUUUGCUCUCAUAACAUGCCCAAAAUAUUUUAAUUGUUGGAUAUGGACUUUACUAGAGAGUCGUUGGCUAACUUUUAGCUCUCUUAAAAUUGAAUUAUUUGUUUUACGGUCGGUCCAAGGAAUUCGUAACAUUCGUCUCCAAUAGAACAUUUCAGUGGCGUCUAUCUUUCUUCUCUCCGAUUGUCUCAGAGUCCAAGAUUCACAUCCGUAGGUCAGUAUUGGGAAUAUUAAGCAGUUGAUCAAUCUCAUCUUUAUAGCACUUGAAAUUUGACAGUCCUUCCAUAUUUUGGUCAUUUUUGCUGUGGCAACUUUUGCUAGAUCUCGUCUACGUUUAAUCUCUUCUUGUAAUGACCCUGUGUUUGUGAUUAAUGAUCCCAGAUAUAAGUAUGAGCUCACAACCUCGAACCGGUCAAUUGUGGUUAUGUGUGGAUGAUUGUUGUGUAGUCUAUCCACUAUCAGGAUCUUUGUCUUUGAUAUGUUUAAUUGCAGACCAAAUAUUUGACUAUCGUUUUCGAUCAGUCGUAUAAGUUCUAUCAGCUCUGCUUGACUAUUUGCAAGAAGGGCUGUGUCAUCUGCAAAACGUAGGAUGUUUAGUUUAUGACCAUUUAUUGAGAUGCCCUUUUCCCAUCCUUCAAGUGCUCUUCGCAUAAUAUACUCCGUAUAUUAUGCGAACGAGUAUAUUAUGAGAAGAGAGAAAUUACUGGUAGUGGUAUUAUAAACCACUGGUAGUGGUUUAUAAUCAAUGCUGAAAGUUAAUUUGGAUGCCCUGGGUAAUAAGACAUCCUCUAUUUUACUUUAUGUGAUUAAGCAACCUGAUUUUAAGGUUAGUUAGAAGAGCUUUUCUACCUAUAAAUGACUGAAUUAUUGGUUUCUCAUUUAUUUUAUUGUCUUUCUAAUCAUGGUGUAUAAUCUUCUAUCUUUCGCAUUCACAGAACAAAUAUAUUUUUAAUAUACCGUUCUUUUCCGUUUCUUGUAUAUAAACCAAGGACUUUCAGGGCAGCUUCAAGUACAUAAUCUUUUUUUUGUUAAUAGUAUUCAUUAACGCUGUCCGAAACACAGUUUGUUAUCUAUUAUUUUCCUAUACAAGUUUUAAUAUAACAUUAUUAAUUAUGUCUCUCAAACAAUUCUAUUUUUCAUUAAAAUCCCUCAUAUUCAUCAGUAAUAAUCGAAUACAUAGUGAAGCCAGUAAAUCAGCAUACAUAUUAUCGAUGUAAGUCACACCUCUCUUCGAUAAGUUUAUUACAGCAAAAUUCUUCGAAAUGUUUGGUAAUAUGACUAUCAGGGGUUCUGAUUUAAAAAUAUUUUAUCUGAGCGAAAGCGUAUCGAGAGCAGAUCGAUAUUGUGGUGAGACCCUAAAGGUGAUGGUGAAAGACUACUUUAUUAACAUUUUUUGUAUUAUAAGGCGUAACAGUGUAUUAAAAUCUAAAUCUCUGUAAAUAAAUGUAGUGCACUGCC